CAAGCAGUGUUGGAGAACACAGCCGGCAUUGCGGCAACAAUUGCCAGUUAUCGAUAACAAAGCGCGCGCGCGGUCACACUGUUGCAAUAUUUGAAAAGAACGUCGCGUCAUGUACAAAUGUGAUAUAUGCAAUAAAAGCAGCGCUAACGAGGAUGCCGAUGAUGUCCUGCUAUAUGGCGAAUGGAUGAUCAAGCAGAAGGUGACGGUGCACUAUUAUUGUCUGCUGCUGUCCACGAAUUUGCCGCAACGCGGCGGCGACUCCAGCGGCAUUCUGGGCUUUUUGCUGCGCGACAUACGCCAGGAGGCGGCCGCCGCCCAGCAGCGCAAAUGCGCCUUUUGCAAGGAGAGAGGCGCCAGCGUCGUUUGCUACAAGUGUCGCAUCGUUUUCCACAUGCCCUGCGGCUUGGAGAAUCGUUGCAUAUAUCAGUUUUGCGAUGAAUUCCGCAGCUACUGCGAGCACUGCAUGCCGCUGGACGACUACCAGCAGCAGCUGAUGAACAAGCCGCCCAAGGAUGCCUAUUGCGACAUCUGUUUCCGUGCCAUUUCACCAUUCCUGCUGCACAACGUCACCUACGGCGAUUGCUGUCGCAAGGGAUUCGCGCAUCGGACGUGUAUGCGACGCUAUGCGCUCGCCUCCGGCUACUAUUUGCGUUGUCUGUGGUGCCGGGACAAGAAGUUCCACGACACGAUACGGCUGCAGUCGGUGUUUGUGCCGGACCGCGAUGCCACGUGGGAGCGUCAGCCGAAUGCGUACAGCGAGCUGCACAGCAAGCGUUUGCGCUGCGAACAGGCCGUGUGCCUGUGCCCCAAUGGACGGGAUUACCACAGACACAGCUGGACCAUACAGCUGUGCAUACUGUGCGCCGCCACGGGCAGCCAUCUCAAGUGUCGUGUGGGCACAAUGCGCCUGGUGCGCACCCAUGGCGUUGAGCUAAACGACUUUAAGUGCAGCUUGUGCAUUGACGUCGAGCAGAAGCUGAUCCAUGGUCAACACAACUAUUCCGGCCAGAGGGUGCCGCACAAGCCCAGCUGGGAAACGGCAGACGAACAAAUAGAUGCCUCCUAUUAUAUGCCCAAAACGUGCUGUGCCCUGAGCAUAGCACCCGAUGAGGAUUCGCCGGUGCUCUCCGACGAGGAUGCCACCUCCAAUGAGGCUAGCGUGAUAACAGUUGUGCCUUCGCAGCGCCUGUCAACACAAUCUUGUCCACGAUUCAGCCAAAGCUUUGUCAAGUCGCCGCCAGCCGCACUGCCAGCGGACCAAACAGUCAUUGAGCUGGCGGACUCACAGCUCAGUUCCACACAGCAGCUAAGAUGCUCCCUAAAGCCGCCUCUGCUGCUGCACGAAUCCUUCACUUGCGGCGCACACUUCUAUCUGGUGGUCUACGAGUACAAUGAGCAUCAGACGGAUCUCUGUACCGGCACCUGCACCCUACGCUUCGCUGCGAACGAUGCUCGUCUGGGGGAUCGCUCAGUGGAGGCGCUGCAGCACCUACCGUUGCUCGAAAUGGACGUUUGGUUUCGCGACAGCAAUCGCGGCAUCUAUGACAAGAUCGAUCAAUAUACCAAAAGCUAAGCCUACAAAACGUAGGGACUAGU